AUGGAGGUGUGGAGCAGCGAAGAAGAGAAGGGUCUGACUGAACUGGAGGGCUCGACAGGCACCAUGAUAGCCUUGAACUCCUCCAGCCACCUCCUCCUCUACUAUGAUGCUGCUAACCACACCAACUACACCACCACCACCAACAACAUCACCUAUUUCCCUUACUACCAGCACUCCCUCCCUGUGGCUGCUAGCUUCAUCCUGGCCUACCUGUUCAUCUUCUUGCUGUGCAUGGUGGGUAAUGUGCUGGUGUGUCUGAUCGUGCUGGGGAACCGCCGCAUGAGAACCGUCACCAACCUUUUCAUCCUCAACCUGGCGGUCAGCGACCUGUUGGUGGGCAUUUUCUGCAUCCCCACAACGCUGGUGGACAACCUCAUCACAGGCUGGCCGUUUACCAACACUGUGUGUAAACUGAGUGGUCUGGUGCAGGGGAUGUCUGUGGCUGCCUCAGUCUUCACCCUGGUGGCCAUCGCAGUGGACAGGUUCCGCUGCAUUGUGUACCCUUUUCAGCCCAAACUCACCCUCUUAGUUGCCAAGGCGACCAUAGCGAUGAUCUGGGUUCUGGCCGUGGUAAUCAUGUGUCCCUCAGCAGCUGCCCUGACCGUGGAGGAGGUGGCUGAUCACUACAUGGUUUACAGCCAGAACUACAACAUGACCUACCCCCUGUACUCCUGCUAUGAGAACUUUGCUGACCCGAAGAUGAGGAAGGUCUACACCACGGUUCUGUUCGCCCACAUCUACUUGGUGCCCCUGACUCUCAUCACCGUCAUGUACGGGCGCAUCGGGGUGAAGCUCUACACCUCUGUGGUGUCAAGCAGAGAACCUCAGGAUGCAGCACCUCCUCUCCCCCCAGCAAGGCAUGAGGGGGGAAGGCCACAGAUCUCCCAGAAGAAGAUCAAGGUGAUCAAGAUGCUGAUCGUGGUGGCCCUGCUGUUCAUGCUGUCCUGGCUGCCGCUGUGGACUCUGAUGCUGCUGACGGACUACGGAGGGCUGGGAGAGGAACAGCUGGAGCUCCUCACUGGAUACAUCUUUCCCUUCGCCCACUGGCUAGCCUUUUCCAACUCUUCUGUCAACCCCAUCAUCUACGGAUACUUCAACGAGAACUUCAAGAGGGGCUUCCAGGCCGUCUGCCAGACCAACUCUUGCUGCCCCACAGGGAAUAGGGGUGAGGUAACGGGAAGGGGAACUAGGGAAGGUAGAGCAAGAGAUGGGGGUAAUGGUGGACUGGAUGGAGGCGGACUGAGGGAUCCCACAAGCAACCCCAAUCCUCUCUUGUUUGGGGCAAGAAACAAAGUAUACACCGACGGUAAUGUGGCAGACUCUGUGCUCCUUGAGCUGGAGUUGAAGAAGAAUUCUAAGGUGGGAAGCAACACGGUCCAUAUUGAGGGCAGGGGGACUGGGGCGAGUGGAGGAAUGGGGAUUGGCUAUGUGAUGAACAAAAAGGGGAUUCAUGUUGAGGAGCCCACCAGCCCAAUGGGAGUGUGUCAGGCCUGGGAUCAUUAG